AUGGGCCGAACGAGUAAUUCUUGUGCAAUGACUAAUUGGCGCGCUAUGAUCGCAUUUGCCGGUGCCGACUUUGUCGCCGUAAUAGCAUGGUGCUUGGACGCCCCAGCCCUCCGUUACAGAGACCUCACAGCAAUAACCUGUUGCCGUAAUAAUUCUGCCGGCGGGACCGCAAAUGCAAGUUGGGCUGUACUCAUGGAACGUGUUUUGGCUCAAGAGAAACCAAAUGUUGCAUCCCGUUUGUGCCAGGGCCAGACUUCCCAGCGAGAAGAACAGAAAGAGACGGCCUUCGGGGAAAUUAGCCUCAAUAUGUCAAAAAUGAAGGGCUAUAGACCUACUAGCCACCAUCUGGCCAGAAUAUUAUACGAGCUGGAUUUAAUCAAGCGAAGCUUACAGACUGUCCCACGCCCUGUUCCUUAG